GCGAGCCCGGCGGCGACAACGGCAACAUGGCCCUGAACGGUGCUGAAGUCGACGAUUUCUCCUGGGAACCCCCGACCGAGGCGGAGACGAAGGUGCUGCAGGCGCGGCGGGAGCGGCAGGAUCGCAUCUCGCGGCUCAUGGGCGACUACCUGCUGCGCGGUUACCGCAUGCUGGGCGACACCUGCGCGGACUGCGGGACGAUCCUCCUGCAAGACAAACAGCGGAAAAUCUACUGCGUGGCUUGUCAGGAGCUCGACUCGGACGUGGAUAAAGAUAACCCGGCCCUGAACGCACAAGCUGCGCUCUCCCAAGCUCGGGAGCACCAGCUGGCCUCUGCCACGGAGCCCCCCGCCUCGGGUUCUCGGCCAGCCCCCCAGCCCCCGGUCCCCCGGCCCGAGCACUGUGAGGGAGCUGCCGCAGGACUGAAGGCGGCCCAGGCGCCGCCCCCUGCGCCGGUGCCUCCGCAUGCAGACGCCCUGGCCGGCACGCAGGCCGCCCUCCUGCAGAAGCUGAGCUGGGCCUCGGCCGAGCUGGGCUCCAGCUCCUGCCUGGAGACCAGCACCCAGCUGUGCGGCCUCAUCCGGGCCUGUGCCGAGGCCCUGCGCAGCCUGAAGCAGCUGCAGCAGUGAGAAAAACCUCUGGGAAAACC